UUUGUCCCGCAUUUUUAUCCGAUAGCUGUUUGUAAACUACAUACAGAAUACUAUCGAAUCCUCUGCAUUUGAUCUUCACUGCACUCCAACUCGAACUCGGUAUGGUCGGUAUAUCAUUCAUCAUUUUAUCUUUAGGGACGCUGCUUCUAUGGAGGCUGGGAAAUGCCCAUCAUGGGUUUAGGGAAUAUCGGAGAGCUUUGAGUACUGGAUUUCCGGUUAUUGAAACGCGUAAGACAGACUGAUGGUUUAGGAAUGGAUAAAGUGUGGAAGAAAUGGUACUGACACAAACUUGUGGCUGGUUUUAGCUCUUGCACCGAUUGGAUUAAUGAAUAUUUUGGCUUUGAAAUUUAUUAUUCCGAUUUUGAAGAAUUUACCUUGGACGAAUCGUUGGCAAUGGCUUUAGUAGGUAUCUUCUUUACCCCUCCCUCACUGUAAAUCAAAAUGUAGAGAUAUUCAUCUAACGUAACUAAAGUAUAGCCAGCCAUCGCAAUUCCUUCCUUAACCUCCGUAGUAGCUAUGAUAUCCAUGGCGACACGUAUAUAUUUGCAGCGUCGAAUUUAAACCUGCUACGCACCACAAAUGCAGAAUUAAUAGCACAGUUUACGACGCGAAAAAAUGAUUUCGUUAAACCGGUUAGGAAUUAUAAGAUUCUGGAGGUUUUUGGGAGUAAUAUAGUGACGACGGAAGGAGAGGAAUGGAGAAGACAUAAAAGGAUUGUGGGAAAGAGUUUUGGGGAGAAGAGUAUGGGGUUGGUUUGGGGAGAGAGUAUUAAGCAAGUGGAUGGAAUGUUGGGGUUAUGGAGGAGGAGGAAUGAAGAGGGAGGGAAGGGAGGAAAUGUGAAUGGGGAUAUGGGAUUGAUAGUAGAGGAUGCGGGGAGUGAUACGGCGAUUUUAAGUUUACAUGUUAUUUGUGCGGUUGGGUUUGGCGUACCGCAGUUGUGGGAGGGAGAGGAGGACGAGGUGGUGGGAGGCGAUGAGAAGAUUGAGGGCAAUGGAGCACCGGAUUUGGGUUUGAAUAAACCGGUGGGUGAUCAUACGAUGGGAUUUAAGGAUUGUAUUAAUUUGGUCCUGAGUAGUCUUAUAGUAAGUAGUAAGGGAAUAACGUUCAUGGAGAACGGAGAUGCUAAUAAUAAGAAAAGCUUAUAGUUCUAUGGCCACGAUGGGUUUUGAGUAAGUCUGAGUACUCUUGAAAUGUGUAUCUUGCUAACAUAUCAAGAAUAUUCCCCCAUGAAGCGUCACACUGAAGUAUAUAAAGCAUCUAAAGAAACAACACAAUAUCUGACCGAAUUACUCGAACAUAAAAAGAAACAAAUGGAAGCAGGAGAACAUGAUAAAGUCACAAUGGAUUUAAUGGGUAUGUACAAUUUUCACCGCUCAAUCCUAUUCACACUAACAUUCCCAGGAAACAUGCUCAAAACAUCCACCGAAUCACCCAUCUCCUACAAAUCCUCACAAAGCGACGAUGCACCUCUCACAGAAGCCGAAAUAAAAGCAAAUGCCUUCAUCUUCCUACUAGCCGGUCACGAAACAACAGCCUCAAGCAUCCAUCUCUGUUUCGUAUAUCUAGCCAUCUCCUUCUCCUCCCAAUCCCUCAUGCAAAAAGACAUUGACACAAUCAUCGGUGCCAAACCCCCCAAAAAUUGGUCAUACAUGCAUGAUUUCCCCAGACUGUACAAUAGCAUGGUAGGCGCAGUUCUCAAUGAAGAAUUAAGAUUACUCCCUAUAGCGGAAACGAUACCGAAAGUCACCGUGGGUGAUCAAUGGGUUAUGGUUGAUGGGGUGGAGAAACUCGUUCCGGGAAAUUGUUUUAUUCAUUUGAAUACUAUGGGGACGAAUAGAAAUCCGAGGUAUUGGCCUCAUGAGGUGUUUGAGGGGGGAAAAACGGAUUUAGAUGAUUUUGUGCCGGGAAGGUGGAUUGUAGGGAGAGGAGAGGAGGGAGUUGGGGAGAGACAGGGGAAAAUGGUUUACGUGAGUGAGGAUGUGGGGGAGGAAAAGAAUGUUGCUUCUACUCCUACAUUAUUCAAACCGGUAAAAGGAGCAUUUCUAUCCUUCAGCGAAGGAGCACGAGCUUGUCCGGGGAAAAAAUUCGCUCAGGUGGAAAUUACGGCUGUGUUGGCGGUUAUUUUUAGGAAAUUUAGUGUGGAAUUAGAUGUAACUAAGUGGGCGAGUGAUGAGGAGUUAGAAGGGAUGAGUAGAGAGGAAGUGAUUUAUGAGAUUGCGAGGAGGGAGACGAAAGAGGUGCUGGGGAGGUGUAAUCAGGCGCAGUUGGUGUUGAAGAUGGCAGCGGAGGAUAGGGUUCCUUUGAGGUUUGUGGAGAGAGGAGGAGAGGUUUGGGGGUGUUGAAGGAACGGGUUUGAGGGUAUGGUGAGGUUGGGGGUAAGGGUUGGGGAGUGGGGUUGCGGGGUUGUGUUAACGGAAGGAACGGGAGUUGGGGUGCUUUUGAGAUUAAUGAGACUGCAGUCUUAGAUAACUAUUGUUCUCCGUUGAGAAUCUAUAACUAGAUCUUUCUCUCAUGUCAUACUCUAUACAAUUUGAAGUAUUGGGUGAGUAUUUCGAAGUUUAAUCCUCGGAGUACUCCAAAUACAACCUUUAAUAAUUCAUCCCAAAUAAAAGAAUCUAAAUUAUAUAAAAUUAAGGUACGAAGUUGUGAUAUAAUAAAACAA